GCCAGGCGGAAUUUACACAGUGAAGCACUUGGUCAUGUCUCAAGAAAAAUACUCUCAAUGACAAUUCUUCAGCCUUUAAAGAAACUGAAACAACAAAUAUGAGACUUCAUCAGAUGCUCCGUAAUACAGCGACCUUCAGGACGGUAUUUGACUUUGGCGACAGAGAGGUUGCACAUUGGUUCCCUGGUCAUAUGGCCAAAGGUCUGAAACAGAUGAGAGCUACUGUGAAGAAUGUUGACUGCAUCCUGGAAGUCCACGAUGCUAGAAUCCCUGUCUCAGGUAGAAACCCUCUGUUCCAGGAGAGCUUGGAUGUCAGACCUCAUCUCCUGGUGCUGAACAAGAUGGAUUUGGCUGACCUCUCGGCCAAGAAUAGGAUUUUAAAACAACUCCAACGAGACGGAGUGAAGAACAUCCUUUUCACAGACUGCCUCAGUCAGAGAGAUGAAAACGUCAAAAAGCUGGUUCCCAUGGUGAUAGACCUGAUCCAGAGCAAUCCGCGGUUCCACCGAGAGGAGGACACAAACUUCUGCCUGAUGGUGAUCGGGGUGCCCAAUGUUGGAAAGUCAUCUCUCAUCAAUGCUCUGAGAAGAACCAACCUGAAGAAAGGUCGGGCUUCGAAAGUAGGAGGUGAACCAGGCAUAACCAAAGCAGUGUUGACUAGGAUACAGGUGUGUGAGAGACCCAUCAUCCAUCUUCUAGACACACCCGGCGUUCUUCCCCCAAAGAUUCCGAGUCUGGAGACUGGCAUGAAGCUUGCUCUAUGUGGAACCAUCCUGGACCACCUAGUAGGUGAAGACGUCAUAGCGGACUACCUUUUGUUCUCCCUCAACAGACUGGAGAAGUAUAGUUACGUGGAAAGAUAUGGUCUUGGGGAGCCUACAGAUGACAUCCAGCAGGUGUUGAAGCAUAUUGCUGUCAAACUGGGAAAGACUCAACGAGUCAAAGCCAUCACUGGAGUGGGUAACAUCACAAUCACUGUGCCUAACUACCCAGCAGCUGCCUAUGACUUCAUUAGAGCUUUCCGUAAGGGCGAGCUGGGACAGGUCAUCCUGGACUGACCUCAACCACUACCAGAACAGACCGGACAGACAAGUAGUCUGGCAGAUGCCGUUCCUAGGUGCUGAUUCUCUCAACAUAAUAUACCUGAAAGAGACCUUAUUGGGAAUUUAAGAGUGACUAUUUUUUUAGUCUUUUUCUUCUAGUCUUUGAUCUGUAGUCUAACCCAACACAAAACUACGACGCCGUCUGUGGGUACAGAAAGUAUAUUUUUAUUUACAGUGUAAAUAAUAGUUAAGGUAUGUUAUGUACAGUGUCUUGAUUGCACAACAUUUGUGAAUGUAUGAUGGAAUAGUGUGUGGCUAGGAGAAAGGUGUAGCAUGCUAGGGGUAGGAAUGGUUGAUUUGUAAUCAGGCAGGAUAUUGGCUGUUUGUGGCAUUCCAGGGUCAAUUACAACUCAGUUGAUUUGUUUCUUUCCUCAUUAAAAAACUAAUGGGAAAGAAUUCCCGCACUAGCA